CUAUGGUUUCUGUCAUUCCAGGCACUUCUGAAGAGGUAUUUGAGGUAACCCUUUCUCCACAGAUGGUUGCUGUGAAGCAGGGAGUUUCUGUCUGGCUAAACUGCAGCUUCACCUGCAAAUCCAUCCCCAAAGUGAGGCUGGAGACAAGCCUUCGGAAGGGAAGAGUAUUACGGGGACCUGGCUGGGUGUCCACUCAGCUACAGAAUAUCACAGAGCAGGUAUCACUUGCUCACUGCUUCUGCACAUGUGAAGGAAAAAACAAAAAGGCAACAGCCACAAUACUAACAUAUGAGCAGAUGGACAUUUUGCUCCAGAAAUCUUCACCCAGUCAUAGUCUUCACCAGGCCUACAACCUGACAUGCCGUGUUAUAAGGAUAACACCCGUUCAUAAUCUCACUGUGACUUUGCUGAAAGGGACCGAGAAGGUGCAUUCCUGGAGACUCCAGAACAUCACAAGGCCUGGAUCUCAGAGCUUUAACGUCACUCAUGUCAUUGCCCUUCGGCCACAUGACCAUGGGCAAGAAGCUGUUUGCCAUGUGACCUUGAAUCACAAUGCACAUGAGGAGGCCCUCAUUGCUACUUCCUCCAAAUUGGAACUCAAAACCCCAGGUGAGUUUGUAGGCCCAAUGUGUGCUUUUAGAGCAGCAUUCUGGGUUCAUUUUUUAAAAAUCUGACUUCAUGUCCCGUCCCACCCUCUUGUUCAAAGAG